AUGCUUUCGAUAAGGAACUCAAGGGUCUUGUACAGUUCAAAUAAUAUCACGAAAGAUUUCAUUAGUGAUAUAUUAGCAAAAGCCCUAGAGGCAACAUCAAAGAAUCCCAAAAGGAAAACUAGUUUGAAAGAUUAUGACCAACACUCUUCCUCCGCUAAUAGACGACAAUUCAAUAGAAACAAAAGAAAACUUGAUGAUAAUAAUAGAGGACAACAAAGAUUUGAUGAGCUACCCAUAAAAAAACUUCAACCAAGAAUUCAAACCAGCAAGAAACCUUCAUUUAGUUCAGAAUUCUUAGAUAUCCUAUCUAAUGAUUCAAAAAAUGGUACUACAACUGGUACUGAGAGCCAUGCCUCUAUGGAAAAUGAUCUUUUAAAUAUUAUUAGUAAAACUGAAAACUCAACUGUAGUUACCAAAAAUGAUGGUAUUAUUCUAAAAUCAUCAAUUGAAAGAAAUGAAAGAACACAACAAGUAUUGAACAAAUUAGCAAGAGGAAAUAAUAACAGAUUAUUCAAAUUCAAGAAGAGAAAUGGGGACAAUAACGAUUUCAAUACACAAAGAAAUAAAUCAGCGAAUCAAACUGAAGUUGCAAUGAUGCAUUCUAAAGAUUUUGUACCUCAAUUACCAACGAAGCUAUCUCUAUUAAAAUACUCUUCAAAUCUUUAUAAUGUUCCUAAAUCAAAAAUAACUAAAUUUGCAAUGAAAACAUUGAACGAUUCAAAUUUCCCUAUUCAUAGAUCACCAAAUUUAGGUUUCAAUUCUACAAUUGAUCCAAAAAAAAAUCAAGAAAAUUUAUCAUUAACUGUUAAACAUACACCAAAUUUUGGUAAAUAUUUACCUGCAUCAUCAUUACAACUCUCCAAAGAAAAAUUAUUUAAAAAUUUAUCGAUCAAUUUUGAUACGAAUGCUUUCAAUGAAAUUGUAUUGGGGAAAUAUUCAAAUUUAUCAAAUCAUAAUCUCAAUGAUUUUAAUAAAUUAACAAAUUCAAAUACAAAAAAAAAUUCAGAUUUAUUGAAAAAUAGUAAUACUGUUAAAUUAAAUUUGGAAAAACUUCAAAUUAAUAAUGAUAAUAAUGUGAAAACAUUACUUUAUGAUGUUUGUUCUGGUUUAAAACCAAUUUCUGAAAUUAUGUUUCUUCCAAAUUCAAACACAAAACCUUCUCCACCACCUCCAUCUUCAUGA